UUCCCAAUUCGGAAGCCAUUUCCAACCAACUGCUGGUCAAAGCUCAAACAACCGUACCUGCUGAAGCGAAAAACGACCGGUAGACGGACUGAAGAAAACGAUCUUCCUUCCAAACCCAAACCCUAGAAAUUUCACACUCUCCAACCAAAACCCUAACCCAAACAUGGCCUCGUCCGAUCCAAAACCUAACCCUAAUUCCCCAUCCGAAUUCCUUGAAGAAGAAGCAGGCCACUUCAGCUCCCUCUCCGUCGACGAUCCCCAAGUCUCCGCCGUUAACGGGACUUUGAAUCAGAAUUAUGGUCGCGAGAUUGAAGAAGAGGUUCCAGAUGGAUCGAUCCAGGCCACUGGUGUCGAAGAGGUCCUGGAAUCAACCUAUGGGGUCGUCUGGAGAGAGAAUUCAGAGCAUGAGUUGGAGCCCGCCCCGUCGAGCCCUAGCAGCAGCGGAUAUGCGGGGGAAAGGGGGAGCAGCAGCGGGGGCACAAGCGUCGGUGGGAUCGAGGAGGUCGGUGAUGGCGGGACUGUGGGAGGUGAUUCUGUCGAGGAUGCGGGUUCUGCAUCAUGGGUCCCAGGGAAACGGCAUUUGGAUGAGGAUGAUGCGUCGAUUUCAUGGAGGAAAAGAAAGAAACACUUUUUUGUGUUGAGUCACUCGGGGAAGCCAAUAUACUCUAGAUAUGGAGAUGAACAUAAGCUAGCAGGAUUUUCUGCAACCUUGCAAGCCAUCAUUUCCUUUGUGCAGAAUGGUGGAGAUCGUGUCAAAUUUGUCAGGGCAGGAAAACAUCAGGUUAUUUUCCUUGUGAAGGGUCCAAUUUAUUUGGUAUGCAUAAGCUGUACUGAAGAGCCAUACGAGGCACUGAGGGGACAACUAGAGCUUAUCUAUGGUCAGAUGCUACUUAUUCUGACUAAGUCAGUAAAUAGAUGCUUUGAGAAGAAUCCAAAGUUUGACAUGACACCCUUGCUUGGAGGAACAGAUGCUGUUUUCUCCUCUCUUAUUCAUGCCUUCAGUUGGAAUCCUGCUACAUUUCUUCAUGCAUAUACGUGCCUUCCUCUUGCUUACUCAACAAGGCAAGCUGCUGGUGCUAUAUUGCAAGAUGUUGCUGAUUCGGGUGUCCUUUUUGCGAUAUUGAUGUGUAAACACAAGGUUAUCAGUCUUGUAGGAGCGCAAAAGGCAUCUCUUCAUCCUGAUGAUAUGUUCCUACUUGCAAAUUUUGUGUUGUCUUCAGAAUCAUUUAGGACAUCUGAAUCAUUCUCACCAAUUUGCUUGCCAAGAUAUAAUCCUAUGGCAUUUCUAUAUGCUUAUGUCCAUUAUCUUGAUGUUGAUACAUACUUGAUGUUGCUUACUACUAGUUCAGAUGCCUUCUAUCAUCUUAAAGACUGCAGGCUCCGCAUUGAAACGGUGCUUUUAAAGUCAAAUGUUCUCAGUGAAGUUCAGAGAUCCCUGCUAGACGGUGGGUUACGUGUUGAAGAUCUGCCCGUUGAUUCUUCUCUUCGUUCAGGAUCUUCUUCUUCUCAUUUGGGGCAAGACAGACAUGCACCUGCAUCCCCAGAGAGAUUAAGACAAGCAGGUGUGGGCAUUGGUGGCCCUGCUGGACUUUGGCAUUUCAUAUACCGAAGUAUAUAUCUGGAUCAGUAUGUUUCAUCAGAGUUCUCAUCACCUAUAAAUAGUUCCACCCAACAAAAAAGACUAUAUAGAGCUUAUCAAAAGCUGUAUGCUUCUAUGCAUGAUAGAGGGGCUGGGCCACACAAGACACAGUUCAGAAGAGAUGAAAAUUAUGUUCUGUUAUGCUGGAUUACUCAAGAUUUUGAGCUAUACGCAGCCUUUGAUCCGCUUGCAGACAAGGCUUUAGCCAUAAAGACUUGCAACCAAGUGUGUCAGUGGGUGAGAGAUGUGGAAAAUGAGAUUUUCUUGCUGGGAGCGAGCCCCUUUUCUUGGUGAUUUCAUCAAAGAGCAUAUGUGUACUGAUUGUACUCUUUUAAGUCUCUUUUGGUAAUAAAAUCCCGCCAUUAAUAUUUUCCACAUGCCUUUUGUGCUUGCCUGUGUACAUGAAUCGCCGAUGUUGGUUGAUCUGAAGAUGUGGAAUUGCGACUGACGUUGCAAACAGUUCUUAUCAUUUGUUUUGUUCAAAUGGCAAAGCAUGCUAUGAUAUUCUCUCUCAGUCUUUUUUUCUUUUCCCCAUUUCCUUGUUAGGCCUAUUUUGUAAGAUGAGGCAAAACGCACAAGUCACAUUGGAUGAAGCAAGAAAAGUUUAUAUAAACAUGUAGUUUUAUUUUAUUCAUUUGUUUCUUUAUUUUCUAAUGUCGAAAGAAAUGUAUGUCACUUGAUUUUCUGCCCAUAUGCUUGAAUUUGAAAUUUACUUCAACUCUUGCAUACUU